CAGCCCUGACUCAGGCCUGAGCUAAGCUCCCCACCUGCUAGCAACAGCCCAGCCCCUCUGCCAGCCUCCACCCUGACUUCACUUGAUAACAAACCAGAAACUGAAACAGAGUUGGGAUGCCUGCUCAAAACUAGAGAUGAGUCACUGCUGAGAGCCAGUGCUAAGCAGGGCAACUGAGAGGCAGCCUGGAGCUGAGGGCAGAGGCAGGCAGCAUCUGAGGGUCCCCAGGAGAAUGGCUGGCAAUCGUGAUGCAGUGGCCAUGGACUGUGAGAUGGUGGGGCUUGGGCCCCACCGAGAGAGCGGCCUGGCUCGUUGCAGCCUGGUGAACUACUACGGCGAAGUUCUCUACGACAAGUUCAUCCGGCCUGAGGGGGAGAUCACGGAUUACAGGACCCGGGUCAGCGGGGUCACCCCGCAGCACAUGGUGGAGGCCACAUCAUUUGCUGUGGCCAGGCUAGAGAUCCUGCAGCUCCUGAAAGGCAAGCUGGUGGUGGGCCAUGACCUGAAGCAUGACUUCAAGGCUCUGAAAGAGGACAUGAGUGGCUAUGCCAUCUAUGACACGUCCACCGACAGGCUGCUGUGGCACGAGGCCAAACUGGACUACUGUAGGCGCGUCUCCCUGAGAGUGCUGAGCCAGCGCCUCCUGCACAGGAACAUCCAGAACAGCCGGCUUGGACACAGCUCUGUGGAAGAUGCGAAGGCUACAAUGGAGCUCUACCGAAUCUCCCAGCGAAUUCGAAGCCGCUGAGGCUGCCCACUCAGCCACAUCAUACUGAAGCUGGACCCAGCCUGUGUCCCAGGGUCUAGGAGUUACAUCUCGUCAUCACAGCAACUCCUUUGUUCUGGAAAAUGUAUCUCUUUAGUAGUAAAAUAGCUCUAUAU